GUGAAAGAUGGCAAGUUAGAUGAAUACCUUGCAUUGAUGAUGUACGUUCAUAAAAUUGAAGGGCUUCAGCGUGAACACUGUGGCGGGAAACCAGAUGAUGAUGUGUCGAGAGAAGGUAUGAAUGAGGUGGCUGUAGCCGGAGCUACGCCGUAUACUUACUCCGCGGCGAUACAAGAGCUUGCUGCGCUUCUUCUGUCACUAAAUGAAGAUGAGGAAUUUGCUCUUUUCCUUGACCAAAUUAAACUGCGGGAUACCGAGACGAAUUAG